GCCGGCAGAAGCAGCAGCAGGAACAGCAGCAGGAGCAGCAGCAACAGGAGCAGUAGCAGGAACAGGAGACGAGAGGAGUCAGUAGUUGCAGGAGCAGCAGGAACAGCAGCAGGAGCAACAGCAGCAGGAGCGAGGCACCAUGAUCAUUUUCUCGCACCUCAUCGCCUACUACUUCACGGAGCAGUUUGACGAUGUGGGGAAGAAGGUGGACAAGUGUCUGUAUGAGAUGAAGCUGAGCGACGAGCGCCUGCGCGCCAUCAUGGAGCAGAUGAAGCUAGAGAUGGAGCGCGGCCUCGACAAGGAGGCGCGCUCACGCGCACCCGUCAAGAUGCUGCCCACGUUCGUGCGCUCCACCCCCGACGGAUCCGAGAAGGGAGACUUCCUGGCGCUGGAUCUGGGCGGCUCGAGCUUCCGCAUCCUGCGCGUGCGCGUCGAGACGCAGACGAUCGACAUGGAGGACGAGGUGUACGAGGUCCCCGACACCGUCAUCCGGGGCACCGGUCCCCAGCUGUUUGACCACGUGGCAGCGUGUCUGAGCUCAUUCAUGGAAAAGCUGAAGAUUAAGGACAAGAAGCUCCCUCUGGGCUUCACCUUCUCGUUCCCCUGCCGCCACAACGUCAACGGCGAGAGCGUGCUCCUGCGCUGGACAAAGCGGUUCCACGUGAGCGGAGUGGAGGGGCAGAACGUGGUGAAGAUGCUGCGCGAUGCCAUCCAGCGCCGCGGGGAUUUUGAGAUCGACAUUGUGGCAGUGGUGAACGACACGGUGGGCACCAUGAUGACGUGCGGCUACGACGACCACCGCUGUGAGAUCGGCCUCAUCGUGGGCACGGGCAGCAACUGCUGCUACAUGGAGGACCUUCGCAACAUCGAGCAGGUGGAGGGGGACGAGGGCCGCAUGUGCAUCAACAUGGAGUGGGGUGCCUUCGGGGACGACGGCUCCCUAGACGACAUCCGCACUGAGUACGACCUGGAGGUGGAUGCCGGGUCGCUCAACCCCGGGCAGCAGAUCUUUGAGAAGAUGAUCAGCGGGCUGUACCUGGGGGAGCUGGUGCGCCUCAUCCUCGUUAAGAUGACCACGCAGGCGCUGCUCUUCAAUGGCAAAGCGACGCCAGAGUUGCUGACGCGUGGCCACUUCCAGACGCAGUUUAUCACCGCCAUUGACACGCGCAACAAGGAGGGUGUGCUGAAGGCGCGGGAGCUGCUCUCGGACCACUUUUCGCUGCACCCGUCAGAGGAGGACUGCGCAGCGCUGCAGCAGAUCUGCGCCAUCGUGAGCACGCGCUCCGCCUACCUGGUGGCGGCCGCGCUCGGCGCUGUCGUUUCGCGCCUGCGCCUCAAUAAGGCUGUGAAGAAGCUGCAGACGACGGUCGGCGUGGACGGCACCGUCUACAAGACGCACCCCCAGUACAGCAAGCGUCUGCAGCUGAUGAUGCGCCGCCUGGCCCCGGAGAGCCGCGUGCAGUUCCUGCUGUCUGAGUGCGGCAGCAGCAAAGGCUCGGCGAUGGUGACGGCCGUGGCGUACCGCCUGGCCGAGCAGCGCAAGCUCAUCGACGCUACGCUGGCGCCGCUCAAGCUGUCGCUCACGCAGCUGCUGGACGUGAAGCGGCGCAUGCGGCAGGAGAUGGACCGGGGACUGGCGCGCGACUCGCACGCCACGGCUAGCGUCAAGAUGCUGCCCUCCUAUGUGCGCUCCACGCCCGACGGCAGCGAGAACGGAGACUUCCUGUCGCUGGACCUGGGCGGCACGAACUUCCGCGUACUGCUUGUCAAGAUCCGCAGCAGCAAGAAGCGAAGCGUGGAGAUGCACAACAAGAUCUACCCCAUCCCUGCGGAGAUCAUGCAGGGCAGCGCCGAGGACCUGUUUGACCACAUCGUGGGCUGCAUCUCCGACUUCCUGGACUACAUGGGCAUGGCCGGGUGGCGCCUCCCCCUUGGCUUCACCUUCUCCUUCCCAUGCCGGCAGACGAGCCUCGACGUGGGGUUCCUGGUAAACUGGACCAAGGGCUUCAAGGCCUCAGGCUGUGAGGGCAAGGACGUGGUGAUGCUGCUCCGGGAGGCGAUCCAGCGCAGAAACGAGUUCGAGCUGGACGUGGUCGCGGUGGUGAACGACACGGUGGGAACCAUGAUGACGUGCGCCUACGAGGACCCCAAGUGCGAGAUCGGACUCAUCGUCGGCACGGGCAGCAACUGCUGCUACAUGGAGGAGAUGCGGAACGUGGAGCUGGUGGAGGGCGACUCGGGCCGCAUGUGCAUCAACAUGGAGUGGGGCGCCUUCGGGGACUCGGGCGUCAUCGACGACAUCCGCACCGAGUACGACCAGCUGGUGGACGCCGGGUCGCUCAACCCCGGCAAGCAGAGGUUUGAGAAGCUCAUGAGUGGGAUGUACCUGGGCGAGAUCGUGAGGAACAUCCUCAUGGACUUCACCAAGCACGGCCUCCUUUUCCGCGGAAAGAUCUCCGAGCGUCUCAAAACCCGCGGCAUCUUCGAGACGAGGUUCCUCUCCCAAAUCGAGAGUGACCGGCUGGCCUUGCUGCAGGUGAGGAACAUCCUGCACGAGCUGGGCCUGGAGAGCACGUGUGAUGACAGCAUCAUCGUCAAGGAGGUGUGCGGCGUGGUGUCUCGCCGUGCCGCCCAGAUGUGCGGUGCCGGUAUGGCAGCCAUCGUGGACAAGAUCCGUGAGAAUCGCGGCCUGGAGCACCUCAAGGUCACGGUUGGGGUGGACGGCAGCAUGUACAAGCUGCAUCCACACUUUGCGCGCUUCCUGCACGACACGGUGAAGCAGCUCUCCCCCAAAUGCGAAGUCAAGUUCCUGCAGUCGGAGGACGGCAGCGGCAAGGGGGCGGCGCUCAUCACCGCUGUGGCGUGCCGCUUCCGCAACACCUCCGAGUCCUAGCCGCCCGGCACCACCACCUCGCACACCAAGCCUGCUCGGCACCACACCACCACACGCUGCCACCGGCACCACCGCGACCAAACACACCCCACCACCGCUUGGCACCACCACCACACACAAUGCCACCACACAAACCGCCACCACACCACGACCAUCACUGCACAUACCGCCGUCGUGUGCCGCUGCUUGGAGUCUUAGCCAUUCCACCACGGAUAACCACUUCUACCACCCCACCACCACCAUGGGGCACACACUGUCAUGGCAGACACAACCUCGGACAACCACUACCACCACACAAAACAACGGACAACCACUACCUAGACCACCACACACCAACACGGAUAACCACUACCGCCACAACCACAACACACAACCACGGACAGCCACUACCUCCACCACCACACACUAACACGAACAACCACUACCACCACACACUGCCCUGACACGCACGUCCAUUUGGGAUCGAUUGCUCACCCCCAACCUUUAACCCCUGUAGCCCCAACACUCCUCCUCUGAGCUGUGAGUGGUAGGCGCUCCCCACAGCCGGUCCACGGUGAGGUCGAGCAGUGGUGAGUCGCAUGUGUUUGGUGUGGGUGUGUGUGCCUCUGUGUGUCUUUGUCUCUUUGUGGCUAUGUGUGUCUGUGUGUGUGUGCGUGUAUGUAAUUGUGUGUCUUUGGGAAGCGGUAGUGUAGCGGUUAGCGCGCUGCACUAUGAACCCGGCGACCCAGGUUCGAUUCCCGCUCACGGCCAACACCAGUGGCGAUUAUCUGAACUGGUUCUGGACCUCCCCUAGGUCGACUCGGCCUCAAAUGAAUACCUGGUGCGGUGUGUAAACAUCGUCACUGGGGAGACAAAGGCGGUCGGGCGUGGUGCUGGCCACCCACCCCCUCGUGUAUCGUUCCGGCCUUCAUAGGUGCUCGCUAACAGCACUUGCCCCCUACAGUCUGUUAAGGCUAUACGGGGGAUCUUUGUCUUUGAAUGCAUGUCUGUGUGUACCUGAGUGGGUCCGUGUGUCUGUGUGCACGUUUGUGUACGCGAGUAUUCUAUACAUGUGUGUUUCAAUAUAUCUGUGUGUGUGUGUAUCGCUGUGUUGUGUCUCUCUCUCUCUCUCUGUCUCUGCUUGGACAGUCCCACACAUUUCGCGAUGAGACGCGUUCAUUUUAACUCCAUGAUGCACCUUACGUCGCCACCGUUGCCCACUGUAGACUAUUGAGGCCCCCCGGUGAAGUCGGUCGUCAACACUGUACAGGCUCCUGUGACAAAGUCCCAGCACAACAUCAACACCAUAACAACACAGCAAUAACCCGGAGCAGAUCCCGGUUCAAACCAAAAUGUUACCACCGAAACACAGGUGCCAAUAUCCAGACUGUUCCGGGUCAAAGCUGGACAGGUGGCUCCCCUGGGGGCACACCCUCUGGGCCACCUUGGAGGCCACCAUCCUGGUUACUCCCUUGAUUACCCCUUACACAGUCGGAUGGUCUCACAUCUCCCCCUGCUGCUUUGAAGCUUUGGUUCAUCACCCCCCUGCGACGUUUGCCGUGGUAUUUAUUGAAUCUGGCCGCCACUCGAUUUGGCGGGGUGGCCUCUGCGUCCAAUCAGUUCUGUCGUCCAGCCAGCUGGCCACCCAUCGUGGUGAACCUUGUAUAGAAAUGGUCGUUACGAACCUCGACCUGUGAUCCGGCACUUUGGGAAGGGUAGGGGUUGAUGGUUGGUGGAUAACACAGAUUUGUGGAACUCCCAAACAUCUCUCUCUGUGCUGCUGCUGCUACUACAGGGGAUGGCAGUGCAGCAAGCUGAACUCGUCUGUGUGGCAGAGCAGUUGAGUGUUGCAGCCCGGUGCUGGCUUCUCUCCGGGUUCUCCCGUUUUUCUCCCACGUAAAGAGAGCACAACUCUCAAUUACUGGCAAGUGAAGGGGAUUGGCCAAACGUCCCGACGUGGCAGCACCCCUCUUGAAAAGCAGUCUUGAGAUUCGGCGAGUCUUUCCAGGGUAACUUGAUGUUGUUAAUACUGUAUUUGUCUGAGCCCGAGGGAUAGCGAUGCAAUGUACUGUUGUGUGAUGAGGGUGUUGUUGAUGAUGAUGACGACGCAGUGUGGCGCUGUGUGAUGGCUAGAGGGGUGUGAUUGGAUGGCAAUCGUUAUGAGAUGAUUGAUUCAUCCAAUUAGCUGGGCGAUGAUGAUGGCGAUUGAUAAGGGAUGACGAUGAAAUGAGGCGGCUGAUGAUGGUCAUGAUGUGAAGUCCUGUCUCCGAGUGCCCCCCGUGUGUCACUUUAAGUCACUCUGUGUUGCCGUGUGUCACCGUGUGUCACCACGUGCCACUGUGUGUACCCAUGUAAACACUUCCUCGGCAUGUGUUGGCGACGUCGCUUCUGUGUGUGUCUACUUGAAAGUCGUCCGCGUGGUAAUGAUGACUAUGACGAUAGAUGAUGAUGAUGCUGACCAUGAUGACUGAUGACAGUGAUAGUGGUGACGAGUUGCCACCUUUUACACAUCAUCAACACUUGUGCAGUCUCCCACACUUAAAUUCAAUGCCACCAGAUCUUGGUACCAAAGCAAUUCCAGUCACAGGAACACAGAUGCCCAGACAGGUGCCAACCCCGGUGGUCCUAGUGAAGGUGAUUUUUUGUUUUUAUUUUCGAGCCGCCCUUCCAUAUGCCGGUAGUGGCGUAUCAGACCGCUUUACGUCACAUCUUGGCAUAUUUGAAAGUGGCACCCCCCCCCCCCCCCCCCCAGUGGCAGCUGUCCCCUGUGUGGCAUGAGAUGACGCGGACCCUGGCCUGCAAGCGGGCGUCAGGCUGUCAGUAGGGCGGUGAUGAAUGCUGAUGCUGCGUGGAAUCCCAAUUGAGUAACGAUUGCUGUGACGAUGUUCACGAUGUGUGACAGGAGAACUGAUAAUACUGAUGACGACGAUGAUAGUGAUGACGAUGAUCGUGAUGACAAUGGCGGUGAUGACAAUGCUGAUCAUAGCAAUGCUGAUAACGGUGACGGCGACGAUGACAAUGCUGAUGAUAUUGAAGACGGAGCCGAAGACCAUGCGGAUGACCCAGGCUGUGCGCAAUCACAAGCUUUUAUUUAUUGUGCGUUUUGUGUAGAGUAGCGCGCGGCGUGCCCCGCCGGGCUGUGUGCUCACCGUGCUUCGGGGGUGUAACGAAUCCACAGAUCAAUCACCGGGUUCUCUCUCCACGCUGUUAGAACAAAUUCGAUAGCUUCACUCGAGACCCCUUGCGGCAGCCACGAGCGGAGCGCUAAAUAUUUUCCCCCCAAAAUAUGAUAAAUCGUCUAAUUGCAUCGUUACACCCCUCAAACGAUUACAGAGCGGCGUUUCUGCGUUCGUCAAUCGCGACAAUGUCGCGUGCGGUGGGAUAACGUGUGGGGUGCGCUCACCUCUUCUUCCGAGACGGUACAGGUCAACGUGGAAGAGUAGACCAAAAAUAUCGGCCAGAGCCAAUCGGCGGUGGGCUUCGAGCCGCCGCAUCGCUUGAGGAUGUGACGACCGCUCUGUCGUGGCUCUGUAAAAUGGCUCCACGUGUCUGUGGUUGUGAAUAAAGAAGCGCCGUGUCCCCACCAUUCUGCGCCUGCGCCGCGUCCAAUGUCUACACUGCCAAAGAGGCAUCAUGGUCGGUCUAUCAUCUGGCAGUCGGUAGGACAUUGCUCGUGAUGAUGGUAAACGCCUGGAGAGGCGCACGCUUGGAGUUGCAC